UAUUCAAGUGUCUUUGUUUGGACUAGAGAGCUGGAAAACAUUUUGAGUGGGCCGAUGAUGCAGAAGAAAGAAUUGGAACUUCUGGACACCAUUUUUGGUGUAUGCAAGACAAGUGAACCACUAUUGGAUGAUCAACUAAAAGAUUUGAAACUGCGCGAAGAUAAACUAAAGCAGCUUGAAAAACUGAAUGAAAGUGAGAAAAGGAAGCUUGACCGUGAGACACAAAUGAGAGAGAAGGAGCUUGCGUGGGAGAAAGUUAUUGUGCUGCAAAGAGAGCUGGAUCGGAAGCAAGGAUUGGAGAUGGAGAUAGAGACCUUAAAACACGACAUCAAAGUGAUGAGACAGAUGAACGAGAAAAGGGAUUUAGUAACUAAAAUGAAAUUGACAUCAAUUGAAGAAGAGCUGAAAGAUAAGCAAGAAGAACUUGAUUACUUUAAAAACAUAUAUAAUGAAUUUAUUAAAAAGCAACGGUGUGACAAUGAUCAGUUGCAGGAGGCUCGGAAAGCGUUGAUCAAUAAUGAGAGGGCAAUUCUGGCACAAAAGAUGGCUUAUGAGACAAUGGUGGAAACUGCUAAAACCCACAAGAGAGAGAAGGAACUUUCGUGGGAGAAAGUUAUUGUGCUGCAAACAGAGCUUGAUCGGAAGCAAGGAUUGGAGAUGGAGAUAGAGACCUUAAAACACGACAUCAAAGUGAUGCGACAGAUGAACGAGAAAAAGGAUUUAAUGGCUAAAAUCAAAUUGACAUCAAUUGAAGAAGAGCUGAAAGAUAAGCAAGAAGAACUUGAUUACUUUAAAAACAUAUAUAAUGAAUUUAUUAAAAAGCAACGGUGUGACAAUGAUCAGUUGGAGGAGGCUCGGAAAGCGUUGAUCAAUAAUGAGAGGGUAAUUCUGGCACAAAUUAAGGCUUAUGAAACAAUGAUGGAAAUUUCUAAAUACCACAAGAGGGAGAAGGAGCUUGCGUGGGAGAAAGUUAUUGUGCUGCAAAGAGAGCUGGAUCGGAAGCAAGGAUUGGAGAUGGAGAUAGAGACCUUAAAACACGACAUCAAAGUGAUGAGACAGAUGAACGAGAAAAGGGAUUUAGUAGCUAAAAUGAAAUUGACAUCAAUUGAAGAAGAGCUGAAAGAUAAGCAAGAAGAACUUGAUUACUUUAAAAACAUAUAUAAUGAAUUUAUUAAAAAGCAACGGUGUGACAAUGAUCAGUUGCAGGAGGCUCGGAAAGCGUUGAUCAAUAAUGAGAGGGCAAUUCUGGCAAAAAAGAUGGCUUAUGAGACAAUGGUGGAAACUGCUAAAACCCACAAGAGAGAGAAGGAACUUUCGUGGGAGAAAGUUAUUGUGCUGCAAAGAGAGCUUGAUCGGAAGCAAGGAUUGGAGAUGGAGAUAGAGACCUUAAAACACGACAUCAAAGUGAUGCGACAGAUGAACGAGAAAAAGGAUUUAAUGGCUAAAAUCAAAUUGACAUCAAUUGAAGAAGAGCUGAAAGAUAAGCAAGAAGAACUUGAUUACUUUAAAAACAUAUAUAAUGAAUUUAUUAAAAAGCAACGGUGUGACAAUGAUCAGUUGCAGGAGGCUCGGAAAGCGUUGAUCAAUAAUGAGAGAGCAAUUCUGGCACAAAAGAAGGCUUAUGAGACAAUGGUGGAAACUGCUAAAAACCACAAGAGAGAGAAGGAACUUUCGUGGGAGAAAGUUAUUGUUCUGCAAAGAGAGCUUGAUCGGAAGCAAGGAUUGGAGAUGGAGAUAGAGACCUUAAAACAUGACAUCAAAGUGAUGAGACAGAUGAACGAGGAAAGGGAUUUAGCAGCUAAAAUGAAAUUGACAUCAAUUGAAGAAGAGCUGAAAGAUAAGCACGAAGAACUUGAUUACUUUAAAAACAUAAAUAAUGAAUUUAUUAUAAAGCAACGGUGUGACAAUGAUCAAUUGCAGGAGGCUCAGAAAGCGUUGAUCAAUGGCUUGAAGGAUGCCCGUAGCAAUAUUUGUGUAAAGAGAAUGGGAGAACUUGAUGGGAAGCCAUUUAUCCGUGCUGCAAAGCAAAAAUAUUCAAAAGAAGAAGCACCCGGAAAAGCUUUAGAGCUGUGCUCCCUGUGGGAAGAUCACCUAAGGGAUCCACACUGGCAUCCAUUUAAGGUUGUCAAGAAUGGAGAACAGCAUGUGGGGGUGAUUGAUGAAGAAGAUGAAAAACUGGUGGGUUUGAAGAACGAGUAUGGUGAUGAAGUGUAUGUAUCUGUGACCACUGCAUUGAUGGAGUUGAACGAGUACAACUCCAGUGGCAGGUAUCCAGUGCCAGAGCUGUGGAAUUCUAAGAUGAAAAGAAAAGCAGAACUGAAGGAGGGAAUAGAGCAAAUAUUAAAACGAUCGAGGAGGCUUAAGAAUUGAUUAAUAGAAAGAGGCAGCACUUACAGAUAAGUACUUAUCUCCCUUUGUGUUUUUCCUAAAUUUUGGGUAUGCAUGAAGUAUGCAGGUUUAGUAGUAAUCUUUCAGGACAACGUCAUGAUCCCUGAUAAUUGAUGAACAAGAUAUGGAGUAAUGUUAAGAUUUUUGGUGCUAUGUAUUAUGGAAUAUAUAAGUAAUUUGAAAUCUAUAUAUAUUAGGCUAGGAUUUUGA